UGUUUUCAGAUACUCAGAGUCUGAUAUCAUUACAGGUGCAAUUAAGUGAAGCUACAAGGCAAACAUGAAACUUCUCAUUAACCUACUCCUACUGGCAUUCUUGCUUUGCAGCUUUGCAGGAUAUAUAAAAGCUGUUCCAGAAUCUACUAAUGGACGAGAGCCUAAAUGUGAAUCCUAUAUGGUAAAUGGCUGCCCAAGAAUUCGAAGCCCAGUGUGUGGAAGUGACAACAAUUCCUACGAGAACGAAUGCCUUCUCUGCUCAGAAAACCUGAAGAGGAACAUUCAUCUUCGUGUCAUCAGAGAUGGAAGCUGUUAAGCAGUGUUUUCCUCAUCACUAAAGACAAACCUUGAUGCAUCUCCCAGCUCUAUGCUUUGCUAUCCAUACAAUUUGCCUUGAUGAGCACCAAAUAAAAUUUUCCUAUCAGCAUAUAGUACAGUAGAUGAAAAUGUAGUUUUACAAACGGUAACAUCCUGAAUGGAAAAAAAAUUUCCCUAAAAUCAUUUUGCAUACAGUGUAAUAAUAUGCAGUUUAUAAUAUUACCAGGCAUGUAUUCUGCCUCGCCAUAGAAGCAGCCAUGAAUCAGAGAGGGUAUGAAGGCAGCAGUGCAGGAGAGGAACUGUUCUAACUUGACGAGAUAAGAAAUUCAGUUGUCUUUCACAAAUAAGGCAACACAUAUUCACAUAGAAACAACAUGUUUCCUAGAUUUAUUUUUCAUGAUGAAACAUAGAUAUAGCCCAGAAGCAAGAAUUGGAACAUUGUUAGAGUAAACACACCAUCAAUACCAGAAAGCUAACAGGAUCCAAAAUGUGCCGACUGAAUAUAUACAUGAAUGUACUAGCAUGAAGACUGAAGUCAAUCAAAACAAAUUAACUAUUAAUAAAACUAUCUGAUUUGAAUGAGUAAA